GCAGUCAGUGAUUGUUUUUUUUUCAAGCAGGUUUCUGGUCUAGGUCACGUUUUCCAAGUCGGGUCCCCGGUUGACUCUCGAUAGUAAUUUGUUUUUCCAGUCUCAAGGCAGAGCUCCAAUCCUCUUACAAUGUACCUGAUCAGAAAUGGAUUACAUCUUCAUCUAACUCCUAUGGUUACACUGCCGGUGACUUACAAGGGCGUACUGGGGAAAAAAAUACAUAUACAACUGACCCGUUUCUAAUAACCGAACGCGUGAAAUCUAAUGAUCUGCUACGCAAAUGAGGAUACCUUGACUUCAGAAACCGCGAUGUUAUUAUAUGGUCUGCACUGGUGAGAUUAAUGCAUUCCCAUUGAGUUGCGCGUGGAAGCAGAGUCCCGUACCUGGGAUUUACAAAAAGCGAACGAAAAGAAGAGAAACACCCCGGAGAAUUACGACUCUAGAAGCCGAGGAGACGCAUCAUGAAGAAGGAAUGACCUCCGUUUUAACACUUUUACAUUUUAAAGCGGCGUGUUUCUAACCCCGAAAUGAGAUGUGUGAAGUUGCUCCUGAAGGAUUGAUAUCAUUUACAGCCUAGCUCUGGACACCUAUAGGAGGAUGGGUAAUAUUCCAAAACACACCUACAGGACGAUGGGUAAUAUUCCAAAACACACCUACAGGACGAUGGGUAAUAUUCCAAAACACACCUACAGGACGAUGGGUAAUAUUCCAAAACACACCUACAGGACGAUGGGUAAUAUUCCAAAACCCUUCAGAGCCUUCCUGUUGGAGUUAUCUAACCAUCCACGGUGGCGCCACCCACAGUUAAAAGGCUUGUAUAGAAAGCUGCCCUUGUAUACGUCAAUACUGUGGUUCCUGUUGGGGGUGUUGACCUUCCCCUGCAAUGUCCAGUGUUUAAUCUUUAAAGUAGGGGUCCUGGGACCCUGGGACUGUGACCCAUUAUUUUCCAAAGCCCUUCCCAACAUUGCAGCUCAACUAGCAGUGGACCGGGCCAACAACGACGUGUCACUGGAUUUAGGCUACAAGUUAGACUUCGUGGUGCUCCGAGAAGACUGCGAAACAUCCACCGCACUGUCUGGAUUUGUGGGCUAUGAACACUCCGCCUCUGCUAUCCUCGGCCCUCUGAACCCAGGCUACUGUGAUGCCGCUACACUUCUGAGCAAGAACUGGGACAAGGCCAUUUUCUCUUGGGCUUGUAUCAACUACGAACUGGAUACAGUGAAGAGCUUCCCUACCUUCUCUAGGACUUUGCCCUCGCCUACACGCGUGCUGUUCAGCCUCAUGAAGCACUUCAGCUUGGCGAACGUGGGCAUCGUUUCUUCCAGUGAGGAUGUGUGGGUGGACACCGCUAGCAGGGUGGCCGAUUCCCUCAGGAACAUGGGUCUGCCUGUUGGCAUCGUCAUUUCCUUGGGUUAUGGACCCGCAGGGAUAGAGCAGACUCUUCAACAAAUUAAAAGCGCGGGUCAGCUGAAGAUCAUUAUCAUGUGCAUGCACUCUGUACUGAUUGGAGGUGAGGAGCAGGCUGCCUUCCUGGUGAAAGCCAGUGAAAUGGGGUUGACAGACGGGAGAUACAUCUUUCUACCGUAUGACACUUUGCUCUACAGUCUCCCAUACAAAAGCAACUCCUUCUUCAUGUUGGGCAACAACAGCCAGCUCCGAGAAGCGUACGACUCGGUAUUGACAAUCACAGUGGAGUCCGGGGAGAGCUCAUUUUACGAAGCCUUCGACAAGGCGAAACAGCAGGGGGAGAUAAAGACACUGCUGCAACCGGAACAGGUCUCACCCCUGUUUGGCACAAUCUACAAUGGCAUUUAUCUCAUGGCCAAAGCCAUGGACAACGCCAGGAAGUUUGGUGUCUGGGUCACCGGAACUUCCUUGCCCAAAUACAUCAGGAAUGUGACAUUUAACGGGUUCAACCAGAGGAUUGGGACCAACGGCAAGGGGGACGGCGUUACCAACUACGUCAUCCUGGACUCAAACGGGCAAAGCAGCCAGCUAUACAGCACCUACGUGAUAGACAUGUCCUCGGAACUGCUGGGCUUCAUGGGCAGAUCCAUUCACUUCCCUGGGGGGGCCCCGCCCCCCGCUGAUUCCACUUGCUGGUUUGAUCCAUAUUCCAUCUGCAACGGAGGUGUGGAGCUGACCUUUGUGAUUCUGGUGUUUGCCCUCAUCUUCACUUUGUGUCUGGGAGGUGUGGGGUUACAUCUUCUCAUAAGGCGACACCUCCAGCAGAACCAGCUUGUGAAAGGACCCAAUAAAAUGGUGCUGUGCCUGGAGGAUCUGACCUUCAUCAGCCCUCAAAUGAGCAAAAGAAAGCUGACACUCAAUGGAGUGAGCGAAUCAAAAAGCACCAAUGAAGGGAGGAGUGUGAAAUCCACAGCGCAAUCUCAAUCGAUGAAGAGCAUCAUCGACGCAACACAAGACACGUCCAAUAUAGCGGUUUAUGAGGGGGACUGGGUUUGGCUGAAGAAGUUUGAAGACGGAGCUUUCAGAGAAAUCAGAGCGAGCACGACCAGCAUUCUCAGAAAAAUGAAGGAUUUGCGCAAUGAGAAUGUGAACCCGUUCCUGGGGUUCUUCUCAGACAGCGGUGUGAAUGCUGUUGUGACAGAGCAUUGCUCUCGGGGAAGCCUGCAGGAUCUGCUCAGAAACGACGAUGUGAAACUCGACUGGAUGUUCAAGUCCUCUCUGCUGCUGGAUCUUAUCAAGGGCAUGAAGUAUCUGCACCACAGAGACUUCCCUCACGGCCGCCUCAAGUCUCGGAACUGUGUGGUGGAUGGGCGCUUCGUGCUGAAAAUCACUGACUACGGGUUCAAUGAGCUGCUUGAGGCUCAGAAAGCUCCGUACGAACCAGGUCCACCGGAAGAGCUCUUUUGGACAGCCCCAGAGUUCCUCAGAGACGUGGAGAUCUCCCGGAAGGGGACCUACAAGGGAGAUGUUUACAGUUUUGCUAUUAUACUACAGGAAGUUGUCGUCCGCGGGUCACCCUACUGCAUGCUGGGACUCAGCCCUGAAGAGAUCAUAAGAAAGGUAAAGAAGCCUCCCCCAAUGUGCAGGCCAACUGUGGCCCCGGACCAGGCCCCUCUGGAGUGCAUUCAGAUGAUGAAACAGUGUUGGAGUGAGCAGCCAGACAGGAGGCCUGCUUUCGAUGACAUUUUUGACCAAUUUAAAACUAUUAACAAAGGCAAAAAGACCAAUAUCAUCGACUCAAUGCUCAGGAUGCUUGAGCAAUACUCCAGUAAUCUGGAGGAUUUAAUCAGAGAGAGGACAGAGGAGCUGGAGGUGGAGAAACAGAGGACAGAAAAGCUGCUGGCAGAGAUGCUGCCUCCCUCUGUGGCGGAGGCUCUUAAAACUGGCGGGACAGUGGAGCCCGAGUACUUUGAUGAGGUCACCAUCUAUUUCAGUGACAUCGUCGGAUUCACCACCAUCUCAGCCCUAAGCGAGCCAAUCGAGGUGGUCAACCUCUUGAAUGACCUCUACACACUCUUUGAUGCUGUUUUAGCCAACCAUGAUGUUUACAAGGUAGAAACGAUUGGCGAUGCCUACAUGGUGGCUUCGGGACUCCCGAAAAGGAACGGGAACAAGCAUGCUGCAGAGGUAGCCAACAUGUCUCUGGAUAUCCUGAGCUCUGUGGGAACCUUUAAAAUAAGACAUAUGCCUGACGUCCCCAUGAGGAUACGAAUAGGAUUACAUUCAGGCUCCUGUGUAGCGGGAGUGGUCGGCCUCACAAUGCCUCGGUACUGUCUGUUUGGAGACACGAUCAACACAGCAUCCCGCAUGGAGUCCACCAGCCUGCCUUAUAGAAUCCAUGUCAAUCAAAGCACUGUGAAAAUCCUCCGUUCACUCAAUGAAGGCUACCUGAUAGACGUCAGGGGGAAAACAGAAUUAAAGGGAAAGGGCAUUGAAGAAACAUACUGGCUUGUGGGUAAAAAAGACUUUCAGAAACCUUUACCGAGCCCCCCAGAUAUCAAGCCAGGGGACAAUAACCAUGGCCUGCAACCCGAAGAAAUUGAGGCGUUCAGAAGAAUGAAAACUGAGAAAACUCCUUGAUUAAACUGAGCAGAGGAGGGAUAACUGGCAGGACAUGAUAACUGAAGAAAUCAAAUCCCUGUUCAGAAAGGCCAACAGGAAAGUGGAUAAAGCUAAAAUCUGAGGGGAGGAUCCAUGGUGUAGCAAUGUGUGACAGGAGGGCGAGCGUGUGCGGAACAGCUGCCCUCACAGACAGUAUUCUUACAGAGAGGCCUCUUUAUUCUUUAAUAGGAUUGCCCGGAUCCUGUUUAAUCCAGUCCUUCCCAGCACAGCAAAAUCGAGGCUGGUAAUGAAAGUAAAGGGUAUUUGUAGGGAAGGGAGUUCCGGACGCUCUUCAAAUUUCAAAAGGAAUUGAAAUUCUCCACCACGAUUACGCAAUAAUGCAACUUCAUUAUCUGGCCACCAAGUGGCGCUACGUGAAAAUGCUUUCUAGAGUCAAAUGCAGUUUACGUUAUUGUGUGUUUGGGUUGUUUUUUCCAUUCGUUUGCAUAGGUUUGCUGCACAUGGCUGACAGGAGCUUUUCUAUGUCAUGGUGCUGUGCUGACCUGCCACUAAAACCUGCAGCUGUGCAUUUUGAAGCAUUUAAAGGGGAAGUCUGUGUUUGCACUUGUAAGCGGUUCAUGCUCUUUAUUUCAAUGAAAGCAGGUGAGCUGCCAUAGCCCUUUUAAACAAUUCGAUAUUUCAAAUAUUCAAUACAAAAACUCUGCUGACAGCAGCCAGACUUAACCCUUUCUUAUUUUUUUCACCAAAUCAAUCUUUUUUUAAAAAAAAAUCAUGAUAUUUUUGCUACGGUUCGAUAAAUAGAUAAACCAGGCUGAAGUUAAAGGGUAUCAAGCUAACAGAUCUCAUAGGAUGCUAUUGUAUUCAUAUCAAGCUAACAGAUCUCAUAGGAUGCUAUUGUAUUCAUAUCAAGCUAACAGAUCUCAUAGGAUGCUAUUGUAUUCAUAUCUCUAGAUUAAGUAUAUCAAGCUAAUAGAUCUCAUAGGGUGCUAUUGUAUGAGUUUGUAUAUCUCCUGUAUAUAUUGUUUGCUUGUGUUUCUCCAGGGCACCUUCAGAAAGAAGAUGCCAUUUCUCAGGGUGAAUUUUCCACACGAGUGUAUUUAUAAUUGAGCAAUGCUAUCUUUUGCUUGUUAAUAUAUCUUAACCCUAUUUAUGAAUGCUGGAGUGUCUGUCUCCAGGAAGACACUUCAAUGAUACGUCGCAUCUCUGGGGUCCACUUCAGUUCACUUCAUUUCAUUGAUCAUACAAUUGUUAAAUUGCAAUAAUGUGUACCGGUAACAAUGAAGAAGGUAGACAGGUAGAAGGCAGCUGAAUGCAUUGGAAUGUGAGUUAUAAAACCCGAACUGGCCCUGCUGUUCCAGUGGAGCUGGAGCUACUGUACAUGGUCCUCCCUGUCUGCACAGCACUCAUAAAACACCAAAAGAAAUAUUACAACAUAACUUAUUAAACAGCUACAUGUGCAACCACUGCAUUCAUAACUAGCUUAAGUAUGGUCUUCCUAGCCUGGUAUACAAAACCAGCAGGAUAGAGCAUUUGUUCAGGACGAUUGGAGGAACAAUAGAUAGAUUAGUCGGGAGCCUCCUUCUGGUUAAGGGCCGCCUGUCUGCCUCGCUGACACUUGCCUGUACAGAAUAUAGAGAAACGUGAAAGUCGCUGCAACGCUAUGAGAAGUUCUACAGUAGCUGCUGUCCUGUAUAUUGCACAGAAUGUAUUUAUGUAGUGAAAUAGGGGAAGUAGUGACCGAUUUUUAGGGUUAUUAUAUUUUAGAGCAUACAGAAUAUUUUUACAUGUAACAUUUAUAUGGUGUAUUUUCCUAGAUAUUUAUGUAUAAUUAACUUUAAAUGUAAAUAAACAACCUUUGAUCCUUUUCAA